GCAUGCCGCAGAAGCCGCUGCGGCAGUACGAGCCGUCCGACUGCAUGGACACGCCCGAGUCCACAGAGGCGCUGCUGGGCCAGCUCAUACAGCUCGAGGUCCUCUGCGGCGGCAAGACGCGCAAGUCCGCCUCCGAGCUGCUGGCGCGGCCGCCGCCCAAGUUCGUCUGGGACGUUGCCUCCGCGGUGAGGGACGCCACCGGCUUCCCGCCGGACCUCGACAGGGAGUGGCCCGAGGCGCGCGAGGACCCGACCGGCUCGCCAACUUCCGGCGCGCCGCCGAGGCGGCCGCCGCUUCCUUAGGCGCCGCCGUGGACUUCGACCCCGAGAUGGUGCUCAAGGGCAAGGAGGUGCCCAAGACCCUGCGGCUGAUGCAGCUGCUGGCGGUGGCCGCCGCCAGGACGGUGCCCGCCGACAGCGCGACCGCCGCCUUCGGGCUGGCGAGAGCGCGCGAGCUGCCCGCCAUCACGGCCAUCAUGGAGAGGUGCCUGCGGGCCGCCAAGGAGCAGGUGGAGGCGAGGCGCAAGGUCUCUCCAGGCAGCCACCCGGACGAGCAGAGCCUCGAGGACGAAGAUCGCCCUGGCCGAGAAGAUGCUGCAGGACGGGCCACCUCGGAGCGGCGGCGGCAGGAGGACGCGCUCGCCGGCGCGGAGCGGGAGCUGCAGUCCACGCAGGCGGAGGUCAAGAAGGUGGAGAGCGAGUGCCAGCUGAGCGGCGCGGGCGCACCGGGCGGCGGCGCCGACGGGGCGGGCGACCCGGAGUUGUCGGAGCUGGAGAGGCGGGCCCCGCGCAGGCCGACCUCGGUGCGGAGCUGUCGGCCGAGAGCGUGCUCCGGAUGCUGUCGGUCCAGAUCGAGCAGGUGCGACGAGACCUCUCCCAAGGAGAGGCCGAUGUCUGCCAGCUGGAGGCGCAGCACGCGGAGCUGCAGGCGGCGGUCGGCGAGGCGGAGAGGCGGAGCAGGCAGGCGGGCGCAGAGGUGCAGCGGGAGCGGCAGCGGCUGGAGCUGGACCAGGACGCUGAACGACCAGAGCCCCGAGGGCCAGAAGCUCAUCCUGCGGGAGCGCGAGGAGAAGCUCCGCGCCCGCGCCGCCGCGCUCGAUGAGCAGGUCGCGGCGAUGCAGGCCGACGCGGAGGAGAGGAAGGCCGCGAACCUGAUGCUCGUGCAGGAGAAGAAGUACCUCGAGGACGAGAUCGAGGAGGCCUACAUGGACAUCAAGAUCGUGGAGGAGGAGAGGGACUCUAUCCGCGAGGCCAUGGAGGCCCUCUGGAAGGAGAAGGCCGACGUGGAGACGGAGCUCGAGAUGCGCAUGCAGAGCUACGUCGACCUCUCGGAGCGGCUGAACUCCCACGUCGACCAGACGUGCGAGCUCCAGGCGCUCGUCGAGCAGAGGCGGCAGGAGGUCGCGCCCCGGGAUGGUGUGGAGCUCCAGACUGCCCCGCGCGAGGUGCUUCCCCGGGCGAGACUUGACCUGUUCCGCUCCUCUAGACUUGGUGCCAGCGCGGGCUUGUCGAAAGAAUGGGUCUCCAGUCUUCUGUUUGUGCGUGCGUUCAGGUUCCCGCUCAAGUGCGGGAAAGGGGGGCAGCAGUGCGAGUACGCGAGGCAGAAGCGGACGUUCUGGGAGACGUUCCUGCACAAGGCGCAGAAGCCGGAGGUGAUCCUGCUGGGGGCCUGGUGGCUGACCAUGCUGAUCCUCGUCGUGUACAUGGCGGAGAUGGGGACGCUGCUGCAUGCCAUCUGGAGACCCCUGGCCCUGCUCUUCUUCGUGCCGCUGGUCUUCUUCGCCGCCAUGGCUGCGAUCACGGCCGGCGUGGAGCAGAAGCACCGCUUCGUUCCCUGUUCGGCCUUCCCUAUGGUAGCACGGUGGCUCUACAUGGUCGACUCCCCGGCGUCGACCUCCUGUGCCGAGGCGGGGGGGGGAGGGGACGUCGCCCCGCGGGCGCGCCCUCGGGCGCGCAUGUUCCGCGGGGCCGCGCGGCUGCUCGCCGUGGCGCUGGCGGCGGGCGUCCCCGGGCCGGCCGGCGCGGGGCCGCAGGUUGAGGCGGAAGAUCGCAGCUGCUUGCUGUGGCAGGGCGACGGUUGCGAGGCCAUCAAGGACAAGGAGAGGUGCCUCGCCAGCCGCGACGGCCGCCCGUCGGAGAGGUGGGAGGGCAGGCCCGUGCAGGGCCUGCCCUGCGCGUGGUUCUACGGGGAGUGCAGCGACGGCGAGGAGGGCGCGUGCCAAGACGGCAGGUGCAUGCCAGUCAGCUGGGCCACUGAGCAGGAGCACCAGAACUACACGCAGGCGGAGUGCGGGCCAGGCAAGACCCUCCAGGGCCUGCUCAACAAGACAAACGACGACGCCCAGGUGAGCGCCGACCGCGAGUCUUUCAGCGCGCAGGACAAUGUGCACUACGAGAACAGGGCAUGCCGCGGAAGCCACCCGCUGGACAGCGGCAACGGCCUCGGCAUCAUCCCGAAGGCGUCCCAGGGCAGGGUGAAGUCCUACGCGAUGUGGACGGCCGCGGACCUGGGCCGCUGCAUGUCCUUCUGCGCGGGCUCCUGCACGGGCGUCGAGUGGAACAGCGAGACCCGCUUCUGCCAGGUCUGGUUCAAACCGAUCAAGUUCACCGCCAUCAAGCAGGGCCAUCAGUGCUUCGUUCGACAGCAGGAUAGCACGACGCCGCUGCCCAAGGUCGGCGAGGUGUCCCAGAAGGAGCCCGCGGAGGGCGCCGACAGCAGUUGCUUGGUGUCGAUCGGCAGUGGGUGCAACAGCGUCGAGGACAUGGAGACGUGCCUGCGGAGCCGCGACGGGAGAGGCGACCUCGACAUGUUCGGCGAGCCCUGCGUGUGGUGCGGCGGCGGGGCAUGCCAGAACGAGACGCUGGAUCCAGAGCAGAGGAGGACGAAGUGCGACUCCUUCGGGCAGGUCCUGGACGCGGGCGGCAGGCCGCUGGCCGGCGUGACCGAGGGGAGCGUGUUCCUCAGCGCCGCUUGCAAGGACGGCAUGCCGCUGCCCGCCCGCGUGGAGCCGGCGCCUCCGACCCCGGAGACAAGCUCACUGCCGCGACGGCCCGAGGAGAGCGAGAUGACGUGCCUGAGCUGGUACGACAAAGGGUGCCACAUGAUCAACGACCGGGAGACGUGCCUGGGAAGCCGGGACGGCCGCGGAAACAACGGCAGACAUGGCCUCACGUACCACGGCGAGCCCUGCGUCUGGUGCGACGGCCCGUGCCACAGCGACCGCGGGGACGGCGAUCACCACUGCGAGCCGUACGAUUUCCUGAUGCACGGCGAGAGUAAGUCCCUGUUCAUCUUCACCGCGAAGGCCAAGGGCAGGACCGCGGUGGCCAGGUGCGGGGAGUCCAGCGGGGAGCAGGAGAGCCCUUGA